AUGAGCAUCAUCGCGAGGAAAGACACCACAAGACUGGCCAGGCGCACCCGUGCUCGUUUGUCCGUGUAUCAGAAGGUAGAGUAUUGCGAGGAGAAUAGAUGCUGUGACGUUGGUGACAAAAGUGCCAAGGGGGAACCACGAGCGGGCGUUGAGCUUUGCGAGAUGGUAGCGGCCGUAGCAGCCGAAAGGGGCGAAGACGAUGCCGAAGGACCACGACUUUUUCCAGAAAUAGUGGUUGUGCAAAGUGCAGCAGAGCACGAGGUUGGCGAUCCACACAAUAACCCCGAGCACCAUGGUCAGCAGCUCAAAGUAAUGCAGUGGUGUGAUGAAUUUUCUAUGGCUGAGUCCCCAUGCGUCGGCAAACCUGGUGAGGAAAGCGGCAAGAUCGGAGCCCAAGUGGUAGCCGAUCAUGGAGACUCCCAUCUGAGUAAAAGCGACAGAGAAAAACUCCAUAACUCCGUAGCCGUGGUUGGGCAGCUUAUUGUGUACGUUGAGAAUAUCCAGUGUUUUGGCGAGCAUUUCCAUGACCAGGGACGAGAAGCUGGAGAAACUGCCGACGAAGCCGGUGGUGAGGGCUGUGUAGAUCACGAGCGAUUUUUUGGUUUGUGUCUUCUCGUCCGGCAGCAGCGUCUGCCAGCCCUUGUCGUACUGGUUAAUUAG